CCUCGGAACAGAGGAAGCAGUGCUUUUGCCCUUGAGUUGUGCAUUUCUACCAAAAACUGGACGGGCCAGGGCUGGGAGCUCCUGUAAAGAGUGGUACAUUCCAGCUCUCCUGAGUGAGACACAGGCCAACACCAUGGGCAACUAUUGACCUGCGCAAUCCCUGCCAGGUGAUACCACCUACAGGGUUACCGAAGAAGAACCAGGACAACCGCCCUCACCAAAGACUGAAAUCUGCUGCCCACUCGUCGCCCUUGCCCACCAGGACAAGCUCUUCGCCACUCAGCGCCGCCUUGCGCACCGCUGCCGUCGCGGCGCAGACGCGGUGAAGAGGCUGAGGGCUGAGCCCCGCCUCUUGACGCCCCGUGAGCCCUGCGGCGUCCCGUAGCGGCAGCGCGGGGUGCUGGCGAGAUGGCGGCGCAGAAGAUCAACGAGGCGCUCGAGCACAUCGCUAAAGCGGAGAAAUAUCUGAAAACUGGAUUCUUAAAGUGGAAACCAGACUAUGACAGUGCAGCUACCGAAUAUGGGAAGGCAGCUGUUGCUUUUAAGAAUGCCAAGCAGUUUGACCAGGCAAGAGAAGCCUGUUUACGAGAAGCUGAGGCACAUGAAAACAAUAAAGCUCUCUUCCAUGCUGCCAAAGCUUAUGAACAAGCUGGCAUGAUGCUAAAGGAGAUGCAGAGACUCCCUGAAGCAGUUCAGCUGAUUGAGAAAGCCAGUAUGAUGUACCUGGAGAACGGGACACCAGAUACAGCAGCAAUUGCACUGGAACGGGCUGGAAAGUUAAUAGAAAGUGUGAGCCCAGAGAAGGCUGUGCAGCUCUAUCAGCAGGCAGCAUCAGUGUUUGAAAAUGAAGAACGCUUACGGCAAGCAUUAGAAAUGCUAGGGAAGGCAUCAAGACUUCUAGUCAGAGGACGCAGAUUAGAUGAGGCUGCAUUGUCUCUUCAAAAAGAAAAAAGCAUUUAUAAAGAAAUUGAAAACUACCCGACAUGCUAUAAGAAAACAAUUGCUCAAGUCUUAGUUCAUCUUCACAGAAAUGAUUAUGUCGCCGCAGAAAGAUGUGUGAGGGAAAGCUAUAGUAUACCAGGAUUUAAUGGAAGUGAAGACUGUGCAGCACUAGAGCAACUUUUAGAAGGUUAUGACCAACAAGAUCAGGAUCAAGUUUCUGAAGUCUGUAAUUUGCCGCUCUUCAAAUACAUGGACAAUGAUUAUGCCAAGCUUGGUCUUACCUUGGUGGUCCCAGGAGGUGGAAUCAAGAAGAAAUCGCCAAAUGCUGCACAAGACAAAGCAAGAGGACCAGCCGCAGUGGGCUCUCAUGCUGAUGAAGAAGAGGAUGAAUAUUCUGGUGGACUAUGCUAGCUAUUGCAUAGGUAGUCUUAAAUAUCAGACUUAUUUGUGAUGUUGAGAAUAUCCAAAGGUACCAGAUUUAUCAGAGCAUCAUUGCAAUUGUGAUAUGGGAAUGCUAAUAUUAACUUGGCAGCCUCUGGGUGCAAUACAGGAAAAAAAGCAUGAUUGUACCUAUCAUCUUGAAAUAUCUUUGGACUUCAUUUCUUACCUGGUAGCUUCUUCAGGGCUCUGUCUGCAGUUGACGGGAAAAAUUUGAGAGAAAUUUUUACUGAAAGCACAGUUUAAAAGAAACCAAAACCCUAGAAGCAGUGGAAUAUGGAGAGUGGUACAAAAUUUUGAAUCCCAUGCUUCAACAGCUGACACUUUUUGGUCCCUGUAAUAUGUUUGUGAUUGUUUUCUGAGUUAAAUAUACAAUCAUUCAUCUCACUAUUUAUCUCCUGUUUAACACCAUUUAAGGCAGACUGUGCCACGCAGGAUUUUUCACUAGUAUAAACACUAGGGGGAGCAUUCAGGUUUUUUUCAACAUGUUUUUACCCCACUGCAGAAUAUUAUUUUACUGCUUUAUUCUUUAGGAGCAGUAUCUGCAUGGAUGUGGAAGAUACUAAGGGAACUAGUUUGAAGCUAUAUUGCAAGCUUAAAAAUACACAGACAUCUUUCAUCUUAAGAACUUUAUUGACAUGGAGAUAAAUGCAUGCAUAGUGUUUGUCAUGUACACCUUGGGAAUGGGAAAAGUGGAUAGCCUUUCUUAGUGGUGUUUCAGAAGCAUGCCAUAACCAAAAAAGAAAUUGAAGGUAGCAGAUAAUGUACAUUGAACAUAAAGCUCUGAAGACAAUGUUUAACAAAAACUUAGUGGAGUGUUUCAGUGAUAUGUUUGAGUUCAUGAGUGUUCUAAAUGUUUGUUUACUAAUCAGUACACUUAUGAAGACAUUUCAUUCUUUCAUAUUUUCAAAGUAUAGAACAGCUAUCUCUUACAAACAGCAUUUUUCAAACUAGCUCAUGAUCCAAAGUAGCAAAAUUUUAAUGCAUCUUCUCUAUUUUUAUUUGGUUUCAAGUCAUCAUGUGUUUUGCAAGCUUCUGUAGUGUCUUAAAUUUGUUUGACCAUUUUAUGCUUAAAAGUUAACGUACUAAGAGCUGUAUUUGUGGUCUGUUUCUUCAGAAGAACCUAAUCGAGAUUCCACUAAGGUGAGAUCACUGGGAAUCCAUCAGGGAUUUCUGUGUGAUACAUGAUGGCCAAAGUUCAAUUAAACAGUAGAGCAAAAGCACGGUGUUAAGUGUUGGUACAGUUUCUGCCAUAUUAAGGAAUUGGACAUCUUCAAAAAUAGCGAGCGUAUGUCUAACAUAUAUAUGUGAUGUCUGACAUCCAUGUCAGACAUAAUUAUGAUGAAAGUAAACUUCUAAAGGCCUAAUCCUCACUUUCCUUGGGGUGGAUGGCACUCACUAGCAUGGUGAUGGGUUGUAGAGUUUGCAGUUUGCAGGCAGGGCUGCUAUAAAACUCAUGUUUUUCAAUUUAAUGGGUGUUCAAAAAACGGUUUAAUCUUUUUGUAUUAUGUAAUAAUCUUGGAUUUGUUAUUAAUGAUGCAGAUAGAAGGUUUUUUUCUCUUCUAUAAAAUAGUCUAAACAAGAUGUUGGGAAGUGAGUUACUUUUCUCUGAGAAUGGUCACAGGUGUACACGAAAUACGGUUUUCAAGAUUUCCCUAUAAGUCUUCCUUUUUCACCACUGGAGCAACUCACUCCAUUUACUCAAUUUCUGCCUUCUGUGUUUGUUCAUGAAGGUGAACCAUGCACUUUUUAUGGGGAAUCUUUACCACAAGUACUAAAAAAACCCCGCAUAUGUAGGAGCAUUGGGAACACCAACUAAUUUUCUUCAAGCAUUUCUGCUGCUUCCGAUUCUGAAAUCAGUUUUGUUGAAUGGUCCCAAGGAGUUUGCUUUUGUGUGUGUGUGUGAACAGUUGCAUAUAUCUGAGAUGAUAUGCAUAAGAAAAAUAAUGAACCAUGUGUGUGAUUCUGUGAAAGAACUUGCAGGCUUUAUUUAAACUGUGCUUGUAACACUAACAGGCCCUUAAAAGAGAAAUUAAAAUCUAUGCAUUCUAUUCUUAAAAUGUACUUUUCAUAUUGCCAAAAAAAAUAAAACAGAUAUGCAGGACUGUAUUCCUGACCCCAUUACUUUCUAUUUUUCCCUGUGCCAAACAUGGAAAAUCUGGGAUAAACUGAGCAUAUUAAGCUGCCGCUUAAUGGGGCUUCUCUGAAUCUUGGGCGUAGAAUCUUAAUAUGUGAUUGCAAUGUUGCUGCAAAGACCAAAUCUGAAAUGAAAGUGUCUCAAAAUAAGAUGGUCUAUUUUAUAUAACUUAUUCUCCUAUUUUAGGCAAUGAAAGUGUGAUAGGAAUGUUAACUGCCUUUUAGUAAAUGUUUAACUAUAGAAAAAGCUGUCUAUAUAUUAUGUGGUAGUGUUUGUUUCUCUUUUUCAAAGCAAUUUGCACACUUAUGUAAAUACCAUUGAAGUGAUAUAAAAUGGAAAAGAUACCAUUUACAGCAAGGAAGUUUCCAAAAUCAAUGUUGACUGUAACAAAAAUAAAACUAAAUAGUGCAUGAAGGCUGUGUGAUGGCCAAUGCAAUGUAUAUGUAAAAUUGAAAGAUUUCUAAAUUAUCUGUAACUUAAUACUCAGUAUGCCCAAGUGCAGUGUGGAACCUGUGCUUUAUUUGUUCUUUUUCCAAAUCUGUGGUGUAUUAAGAGUACAAAAUGUGUUUGUAACAGCUCUACAGAUGCUGCCUCUUGAGAAGAGGCUAUGUGUUUCACCAACAUGAAAAAUAAAACUUGAAACUAA